AUGCUUAUUUGUGCAUGUUCAUAUUUGCUUAACUCUCUGAUCAAUCAAGGUUUCGGUAUCUUGUGUUACCAAUGUGAUAGUAACGAAGACGAUACAUGCCCUGCUGGUCGACGUUUCGAACCUCGCCUGAAUGCACUUGUUGAUUGUGGCAGCUUCCAGGCUCGCGUUCCGGGUACAUUCUGCAUUAAAAUUUAUCAAGAGAGCACUGGCUGGUUUGGAUGGAUCAAGGUGACUCGACGAUGCGCAGCCAGAACAGAUUACGGCGUAGCGAAGGGCUGUCGUUAUUGGUUUGAUGCUCAAGGUGUCUAUCAUGAAGUGUGCUAUUGUCAGGAUAGAGACGGAUGCAAUUUUGUAAAUGGAUUGAAAAUCAGUGUACCGCUUACAAUUUCUGCUUUGCUGAUUUACCUUUUAUUUUAA